UCCACAAUAUGACCAUACUAGAUUUAGUGUGUCCUGACCAGGUCGAGUCGAGACAAUGAACAGAAGCCACUCUUAUGUAGAUAAAACAAGAGGAGCCAGGUCAGGUAGUAAUUUAAAGAAACUUAAUUACCUACGUACGUUGGCAUUUUGUUAGUUAAUUCCUAGGAAGUCCCAUGGCCCAAGUUAGUGAGCUCCAUUAGUUUGCACCUUGUUGGUAGAUUCUGGUGAUCGAUCGAGGGCCGGCCUGUGUUUCGACUUUCGAGCUUCCCGGUCUCGACCACGACCCAGAAUCAUAAUAGUUCAAAUCAGGCAUGAAAUUGAGUGGGUUUCGAUCGGUAGGCUGCUGAGGCGCAGGAACGACGUCUCAGAGUUUUGAAACGGAUUGUGUUUAAGAGUGUUGGAGAGCCGAAUUCUCAGAGUUUCAGACUUUCUCUCUUCCAAAAGGCAGCAAAUUCGAUCCCUAACUCAGAGUGAGCGAGUGUUGGAGUUCGAUUCGUCGAUUCGCAGCAGUCAAUUUGAAGGUAUUGGAGUUCAAUUCCAUUUGAAGUGCAGGUAGCAUGGGAAAUAAGUUGGUUUAUAGUGCAGAAGUGCAGGUGGUUAUAAUUGAUUCUCAGUUUCCAUGUACCAGUAAUCAAAAUUAGGAGAAUCCAAUGGAAAAUUAAGUUGUCGAAAACACAAAAUUACCAUCAGAUUCAGUGUAAGCAGGAACCUUCCCUUUGAGUAAUUUGUUUUCUUAUGGGAGCAUAGAGUGCGCGCUAUCUAGACCAACAGUCUGUGUGGGCAGGUUGUAUCAGUUGGUAGAUUAAAACUCUCCCAUGAACUGAUUGAAUUCUGGUUAGCCAGAACAAAUGGCUGGCAACGCACGAGUUAGCCAGGACUUUAUUGAGCAAAAGGUCAGCAGGGUUCACCAAUUCAAUAGAUGUUUACCAAUGAUAGGAGGCAAGAAGAGCGAACCGGAAGAUAUGGUACUUCAAGGCUGCAAUACCUUCAGGAAUUGGUGACUCAAUUUCAGAGUACCACCUGUGAAGAAUCAAAAGAGAAGAUUGUUGCUAAUCUGGCUAACUUUGCUUAUGAUCCUUACAAUUAUACGUAUUUGCGCCAGCUCAAUGUGGUGGAACUUUUUCUGGACUGCAUAACAGAGCCAAAUGAGAAGCUUGUGGAAUUUGGGUUAGGCGGAAUCUGCAAUUGUUGCCCUGAUCCGGCCAAUGCAGCAAUUGUCACCCAGUGUGGCGGGAUACCCCUUGUUAUUCAAUGUCUAUCAAGCCCAGUUAGAAACACCGUGAACUAUGCAAUUGGAUCGCUUUAUUAUCUCUGCAACACAUCUAAUACGGAAGAGAUUAUGAACCCAGAAGUGGUUGACGUCAUGAAGAGAUAUGCUGCUGCUGAAGCAGCAAAUGUCAGCUUUAGUAAUCUAGCCAAAGCAUUUUUGGACAUACAUGUUUCCAAAAAUUAACUUUGAGACAGAGUAGGUCUGUUGUUAGAUGAGCUAUCGAGACGCAUCCUUUUUUCGUUAUUAACUUUCAUGUUUGCUUGUUCAGAAAAUUUAGUUGAUUCUUGGUUUUGCUUAGUAACUGCAAUCAUCUCUCUAUUUAUGGUACUUGUAUAUUUGAUUGUA